CAACAAAAAUUGCGCUUUGUGGGGACUCCCCGAAUCGAAUUCGUGCAUUUAAUUUCGUGCACAGUUAGCGUGGAGAUCAUCGUCGCAGAUGUCAUGUAAAACGUCGAAAUACGAGCGAAUUUAGCGACACAUAUUUAGUGUUAAGGAAUGUAGGAAAGCUUGGCCACGAUGUUGAGUGCAGUGUUUGGGACGGUCAAAUCGUUACUAAGCACAACAGCCGACAAGCAAGAAACCUCAAGUCUGUCAUCGGAAGACGUGAACUCGGAACCACCAACUGACAAAAAAAAUGCCGCGAAAUGUCCAUAUGAUGGAUUGGAGUAUGGUCAGUUUAUUUCCAAUGAUGAAGAUGAUGACACCAAAGAAAAAUCUUCGUUCAGCGGUAAAGUGACAGAUCUCCUGUACGGAUACGGCCUGAUUGACAACAAUGUCUACUUUACCUUCGACUGCGUGUUGGGAGGCCAGCGCCCUGCUGUCGGGGAUAGUGUUGUCGUACAGGCUGUCCGCGAUCACAACAUGGGGGGCUGGAAAGCCACCAAGGUGGACAUUUGGCAGGAUUGGGAGAAUGAUGAAACAGGACAGAAUCCUCAAUCGGGCACUUUGAUCGGUAAGGUCACGAAAGUGUCCCAGGAUUCUGGGUUUAUAAACGAGACGGUAGCCUUCGACCAGGACUCGCUGGUCUUUGGUUAUAAACCCUGCCGGGGCGAUUGGAUCCAAGGCGACGUGACCUUUGAACCUUCGAGCGAUAAAAGCCAGGCCCGUAAUGUCCGACCCUUACGGGAGCAGAAGUUCUCGGGCUCUGUGACCCACCUGUACCCCGGCUACGGUCACGUGAACGGGAAGAUCUACUUCACGUUCCGGGUCUGCGAGGGUGGCUGGAGACCUAAGAAGGGGGAUCUUGUGGAAGGUAGAAUGAUGGAAUCGCAGCAGAGUAAAGGCAACUGGAGGGCCAUCUCUAUGAAGCAAGACACAAGGAGUAACAGACUUAGUAAAUUGGAGCCUGUCACAGAUUCACCAUUGGCGCAGUGUAUGAAGGAAGAUAUGAAGAGAAAUAAAGGAGGCAUAACAAUAUCGGACAGUGAUCUUGGGUUUUGUCUGAUCGGUAGCAGUAAGAGCACCAUAGUUCACAUCAGGAAUGUUGGACGCGAAACCCAAACUCUUACCAAUUACGAGGUUGUCUGUCCAACGGGUGAUGUGUCGGUCCAGUUCAGUCCUGCAUCCUCGUCAGGAUCUCCACAGCAACUGAAUCAAGGAGUUACGCUCUCAUCAACAUCAUCCUUGGAGACUACGUGCAUCACACCACCUAUACCAUUACCAACUCAAGCUUCAGUGACAGUAACAUUGACGGUUACAGCAAAACAACUCGGGAGGUGUCUAUGUCAAGUGACUUACCAUUUUGAUGGCUUCAGCAUCAGUCGGCUGUACACAGUAAACGCCAAGGACCAGCAGGUGAUUGGGCUGGUUCCGGAGGGGUAUGCCUCAGGGGUCAAUAGGUCAACGAGGAAUAAGAGACGAGGGAAGAUGGCCGGAACCAGGGAGGGGGAUUUCGAAGGGUGCGUCUUCCCUGGUGUGAGACCCCCACGAAACUUUGAUGUCAACGUUCCAGUAAAGUUACCACAGUUCCCAGUCCCAAGGGAUUUGAGGACAUGUCUCUUACAGGAGGAUGCGGAUUUGGUCAUAAUCUGCCCCCAACUCUUGGAAUCCUUGAGUCUAGACAACUUCAGCCGUCGUUUUUCAGCACUGCUGCACCUGGAGGAGAUCAGGAUGGAUGAAGAUAUGAGGCAAUUUGACAUGGAGAGGGUCAGCAUGAGACCACGCGGCGGUGAGUUUCUCUCCCUGGAAGUACCCGGCCUAGCUGAGGGUCGCCCCUCCGUCCUUAUUGGAGACAAGAUUGUUGUGACACAUCCAAACACGGCCCGCUACGAUGGCUAUGUUCAUGAAGUGCUGGGAGAAGCCGUGUUGCUCAAGUUUCAUCCAUCCUUCCAUGAGUUAUACCAAGCUGAGGAAUGCAGCGUCAUGUUCACAUACUCAAGAACCUCGCUGAGAAGGUGCCAUCAAGCUUGUGAAUUUGCCAAGAACUUAGGAAGUCAAGUUCUGUUCCCGACCAAAGUCGAGGCCAAGCCACCCCAAGAGAGUGUCUCCUUCAGGCAUCAUGCCACCUCGUCCAUCCAGAAACCAACACACGGCAAACCACGAUUCAUUGUCAAGUUACCAACUCCUCAAAAGAUGACAUUAUCAACCAAGCCUCAGAGACCGAACAGGAGGGCUGAUGAAAUGCCACCUAGAUUUGCCAAACAAAAAGCUUCCAAGAGCUGUUCAGAAUCUGACAGCAGCGCCAGAUUUGUGACACCGAAAAUACAAGACAUGAAGGUGUCCCACGUCGCCGGAGACGGCCAGAAGAUGGCGGAAUUUAUCAACCCUCGACUGAACACUCGUCAGCGCUCAGCUGUCAUGAGGGUCCUGCAGGGGGAAGGCAGACCAACACCCUAUAUCAUCUUUGGACCACCUGGGACAGGCAAGACAGUGACGGUAGUCGAGGCAAUCCUGCAGGUUCAUAUUCACUUGCCUGCCAGUCGUAUCCUAGCCUGUACUCCCUCUAAUAGUGCUGCUGAUCUAUUGACUGAGCGACUUCAUGAAAGCGGCAAAGUGAAUCCUACUGAUAUGGUCAGACUCAACGCUUUCUAUCGAUCUGAAGAGAAUAUUCCAGAUUGCAUCAAGCCUUACUCCAAGGAUGGCGAGAACUUGACGGUCAUCUCCCAUCAGCGUAUCAUCAUCUGCACCUGUACCACGGCAGGGAGCUUGUACCAGCUGGGCCUGAAGGCCAGUCACUUCACACACGUGUUUGUUGAUGAGGCAGGCCAGGCUACCGAACCAGAGUGUCUAAUCCCAGUGGGAUUGUCAGUAGGGCCCGAAGGACAGAUAAUUCUUGCAGGUGACCCAAUGCAGCUUGGUCCCGUCUUGAGCAGUCACGUUGCCAAGCAUUACGGACUCGGACAGUCAUAUCUUGAGAGACUCAUCUUGAGGACAGUGUACAGGAGGGACGCCGACAAGUACAGAGACCAUGGCUGUUAUGACCCGCUACUGGUUACCAAAUUGGUAGAGAACUAUCGUUCCCACCCCGCCCUACUUGGACUGUCAUCCAAGCUAUUCUAUGACAAUGAGUUGCUGCCGAGGGCAGACCCUAAGCUGACUCACAGUCUAACAUCAUGGGAGAAACUACCGAAUAGGAACGGUGACUGUCCACUGCUGUUCAACGGUGUAAUGGGUGACGAUAUGAGAGAAGGCAAUAGCCCAUCCUGGUUCAAUCCCGUCGAAGUCGUUCAAGUCAUCAGAUACGUCCAGACAUUGCUGAACUCAACUUCCCCGGUCAUCAGCCCCGAAGACGUCGGCAUCAUCACGCCAUACAGAAAACAGGUUGAGAAGAUGAGGUUGUUACUUGUCUCUCUGAGCAUCCACGGAAUCAAGGUGGGAUCUGUGGAGGAAUUCCAAGGACAGGAGAGGGUUGCUAUGAUCAUCUCCACGGUUCGUUCCAGUGAGGAUCUUCUGACCUUUGACCUGCGCCACCAUCUUGGUUUCCUAAGCAACCCCAAGAGGUUCAACGUGUCGAUCACGCGAGCACAGGCGCUGAUGAUCAUCGUUGGCAAUCCUCAUCUGCUGGCUAAGGACAAGCACUGGCGUGCCCUGAUUCGAUACUGCAUGGAGUGUGGUGCCUACACUGGUUGCCAACCACCCACUCUCCCGCCUGAAGAGUAUGAUAAUGAGGAGGAAUUGCUGGAUGGGAGUCAGGAACCAGACAUGUCAUCCCCACGGCAACAAGAAUCAAAGAUGGCUGCUGUUGCUGACACAUCAAGUGUACUUGAGCAUGAUUACCAGCUUAAUGCGGUACCAGCAUCGCAGUCAGACAAUGGUUUUAUUGAACAAGAAGCAGCAACCAAAGAGAAUGGAAGCAGUGUGUUACAGAAGACCGCGCAACAAAAUGAAGCACUAGAAAUGUUGAAUCGCGGAAUCAACUCUGCCAGUCCAGACAGGAAGACCUCUGUACAAAAGGAUGAAGCAAUUCUUGCCGAUGUUGAUGCCGACAUGAACUCGGUACUACCCAGAGUUCAGAUCGCGAAUACCAACAACUCAGUUCCUGAAGAGUCACAAGGUGAUCAUUCUCAAGAGAUAAGGAAACCAGAUCACAAUGACAAAGUCACUUCUGCCCCGAACAAACCAAACACAUCAGAGUUGUUCUCAAGGGUUGAUGAGCUCUCCAAAGGAUUGCACCAAGCUGAUUUAUCCAGUGAACAACUUCAGUCAUUAGCAAGUGAGAUUCCGCUAAACGGUCUUCGAAGCAAAGGUUCCAGCACAAGCCCGUCUGUCGAACCAAGAUCAAACAAUCAAAGGAUUCUCCUUGACAAAGAGGAAUCUAGGAACCCACAGUCUGAAAUAAUUAAUGGUGUCACAAGAGCCAAACUCGGCAGGGAAGCUUUUGAUAAGGAAUCAUCCGUGGAGAAGAAAAUUCCUGUUAUUUAUUCUGGUGCUGGCAUCUUGGAUGCUAAGGAUGCUUCUUCCAAGAGAGCAUUGCCACAUAGCUGCAUGGAUAAGAAACCAAGAGGACAUUCAUCUUUUUCAUUCUCAUCAAGCUCAGAUUUUGAUGAUGCCGAAGACUUCUCAGAGUUUCUUGACGAAAAUGACCUCAACAAGCUUCAAUCAACAGCUGCUUUGACCCUGCAGUGUCAAACAUCAAACACUCAACUACUACAAAGUCAGAAUUUACCCAAUCAGGUUCCAGAUUGUGAUGUCAUGAGAACUCAUCAGGACGAGCACUUUACACCAAAUCAAGAACCGAGCAAAGCAGGGGAAGCAAAGAUAUGUCAAGAAGACCGAGCUGAGGUGAUGUUGUCACGUGGCAGACUCUUUGAUCCUGAUAAAUCACACACUCGAUCUCAUGCCAGCAAAGCAUCCACUACGACACCGUUUUCCAUCAGAGACCAUGUGAGCUUUACUCACUCCGAGAACCAACCAUCUCCAUCGAAAGCAGAGCCUGUCGAUACUUCACACAUACUAAUUCAAAUUGGUGCUUGUCCCCAAGAAACUUUGAAAUCAGUUGAAGCCACGACAAACUCUGAAGUUGACUCCAUUCAAGUAUGUGAUGAAGAAGAGGACCCAGAAAUAUGGGAUGAAGAAUAUGACAUCUCAAGAGUCCCUCCUCAACCUCUACAAGAGGCAAGAUAUUCGCUAGACCAACCUUCUGCAGGUUCUGAACAGCAGAGCGAGGAAACUGAAAAGUGGGAUGACUAUACUUGGGAUGUCAAACCUAGAAGGGAUCCAUCAUUCCAACCUUUUCCAUCCUUCCAAGAACCUUUACAUACUCCUGAAACAGACGAUGCUCUUCUGGAAGAUGGGAGUUCCUUGCUUGGAUCGCAUGAGUUUAGUCAAGAAGGUACAGACAAGUCAAGGGUGUUUAACAAUGCAACACAUGUAAAUCCACAAGCAAAAGAAACUGGACUUGUUGAACCAGACCACGAAAUGCCACCCCUUGAAGGCUGGUCUCAAGAGGGAAUAGGCAACACAGAGAACGUACAAGAAGCUAGUCAAAUCGCAACUAUACAACCAGCGACAAAUACUCAGGUACGCAAUAGUUGUAAGUGUGAAAAGGGAGAGAUAAACUACCCAACAACUCCACUGACAUCUCAGUCUAGUGAGCCAGCAGAUAGGACCAGGGUUAACAACGAUGCAAAGUCUUCUAGACCUUUUCUUCCGGGAUUGGGGAGAGGCAGGGGCAUUCUCACUGAAAAAUUCAGACAAGCUGGACAAUCCAAGAAACUGGGAGGCAGAACCAGUCCAUUCAAGAACCCUUGGAAGAUCAGUGCUCCGACAUAUUCCAACAGUCCAAAGGCCACGACCUCCCAGCAACCUAGGCGACAGGUGCAUCAGACUAAUGAACCUAGAUUGGACACCACUCGUGGAAUGAAACAUGACAAUAAUGAGAUGAUGUCUCCAAGAGCAAAUGAAAACCUUGAGCUCAGGACCCAAGGUUGUGAGCGGCAGGACGCAAUGCAAACCACCUCUAUUACCCCUGCUAAUCAAGCCCAUAACUCUGAAGUGAGCACUGACAAGGCAAGUCAGGAUAACUCUGAGCAGUCUGGCGGUGAUGACGACUCGGAUGACUGGAGCGGAGAUCAGCAUCCUCCCUUCUUGUACAAGAGGCCAGUCUCCAACCACCAGAAAGGAGGGAAAUGGAAAUACACAUUGCAGAUGGGAAGUAACGCUCCCAGGUCUCAGACUAAGAGAUACACAACAGAUGAGGAUUUCAUGGGCGAUGCUGCGCAAAGUGUCAGUGCUAGGAAACAUGAUCGACACGAUGAGGGAUGUAUGAGGACAGAUCCUAAGUGGAAGGGGGCUUAUCCCAUCGCUGAGAGUCCGGAAAUGAUGGAAGAUUAUGACGUCAUCAUUGAAAGCAAUGACGAAAGUAGUGAUUGUGCCAACACACCGCAACGUACAGUGUAGGUUGUAACCAACACAGUCCAAAAUAUCACGUUAAGCACAUGCACAUGAAAAAAAAAUGACGAUGUGGACUUACACAUGUUGUCACACAUACAUGUAUUCGCCAACUUGCCAGGAAGAAUAAAGAAAAAAAAACGAGAAAAAAAACCACAUCAUUAAAACUUGUUAUAAAUUGUUUAACCCUUUAGUCACUGUAGCACCUGAAAUCGCUCUGCCUACUACUCACUGUUAUCGCCCAAAACUGCCUGAGCACUCUAUGCUUUUGAUUCUUCAGUGAAUAAACACAAUGUAAUACAAUGUAGUACAGGUGCUAAUGUGUUAACUACUCUUAUACUGUAGUGGCCAAGUUUAUAAACAUGACAAUGUAACCCCGACUCGUGUAAUUUUAAAAUGUGCCCCAAGCAUAAUGCGUCACCGGCUGUAGCUGUGAACAAGAUGUCCUGAAUGUGGGUUUUUAGGGGGUAACUUCUCCAACAUGGUGCAAUUAGGUGUUUUAUUUUUUUUUAUUUUUUAUUUUUUACUUUCAGCAGUAAAAUAUUUAGAGAUUUUAAGUGCCUUACUCUAGUUUGCCACUGUUUUAUGAAUUAAUUUGUUCAGUUUCUAAAGUCAAAAGAGAAAUUUUGUAUUAAAAAAAAAACCACAGGUCUUUUUCUUCUUGUGUGAAUUACUUUGUACAUGUAGAAUUGUUUUUAAAUUUUUGUCUUCAACUUGGUUGGUUGACCCAUCAAGACGCAUCCUUGUUUUCAUUAAUCCGAUUUGAUCAAUUCUGAAUUGUUAAAACCCAUUGCAGUUUUUUGUAAGUGUUAUAUAACUACCACUUAUUGAUUUUGCCAAAGAGUACUUAAAUAUAUAUUAAUGUUUCAAGUUUCUGUCUUUGUUUUUGCUCAUAAAGCUUUUAAAGUGUAAGAGAUACUUGCUUAGUGCUACUCUUUGUUUUAAUUUAAGAAAAGAAUACAUUUAAGUAAUCAACAUUUCAUCACCUAAUGGCCACUAUCUUGCUGGGCUGAAAGAGUUGAACAGAAAGAAAAGAAAAUUUAAAACAGUUUUAAUAGAAAUUAUAUUGUUGCUCUCUUAUUAUUGACAAUCUCAAUUGCCUGGCCUUAUAAAAACCAACAAAACAAAUAUUGGGGAAUCUAACAUGUUUUAUGUGCCAAAUUUAAGUCCUAUAUCUUAAAUGGUUCUGAACUUAAAGUUAGAGUGGACCAUGGAAAGAACUUGAUGUAGCAUCCAGACGCCACUUCAGCGGUUGUGUACAAAGUCUAUGGAGAGUCAAGAAGUGUUUUCUAACAAAAUUGGAAAUGUUUCUCAGUCCCAGAUUCAUGUCUUUUCAACAUUUUUGCAAUGACUGGCAUUCAUUGAGAUGCUAUAUAAUUUAAAAAGUGGCAUCAGGAUGCAAGAUUCUUUAUGGACCAUAACAGCUAUCCAAAAAGCAUCUGUCCAAAUUGUUGAUAAAAGGCUUACUUGGUUUUAAGAUGGUACUGACACUAAACUCCCUGUGAGAUUAUUCCUUCUGGCAUGCUGUCAUUUUGAAGAAGACCAUAAAAGAAGUUCAUUUCCAAAGAUGUGUCAAGUGACACAUUUUUUCAAAAUUUCUGUUGGUAGUUGGUUUGUAACCAUGAAUGGGUUGACACAAUGCACAAACGGUUGCUAUUAUUGGUCGGUUCAGCGUGUGACAUCACAUAGCUACAGUCGGCUGAAUGAGAAUCUUGUUCCGAAUGCUAAUUUCGGAAUUGUGUCAUGAGAAGGCUCAAUUCAAAGUAAGACUCGGGAACUUUUGAAAUGAAUGAGAUUGAGAAUUGUGUGUUUCCUCGAAAUAUACGGCAUUUAUUGAGCUAAAACUUCAUUAGGUUAGUUAAGCAACCGUCUUUAGAUUUUGAGCACUUUUUUUGCUUCAAAUGAAAAAUGCACAAAUGACAAAUGGUCCAUCCUACCUUUAAUACAGGGGAAUGUUGCAGAUCAUUUAAAACGAUGUCUAUGCUGUUACUUAAGAUUGCAUUUUAUGGCAUUUGAAAAACAUCCGAGACAACGCUUUCAGUUUUGUUUUUUUAAAGUCUCUUUUAUUUGUAUAUCUGAAACUGUUAUUGAAUAAAUGAGUUAAAAACAAAAA